AUGACCAGGGACAGUAGCUCGGUGGUCGAGCAGAACAGGCUUCUCUCGCAGCUUCUUUCGCUCAGUUCGGGUAGCUCGACUCUUCCCCGCAGCACAGAAGCGCUCGUUGAGGUUUCCGAUCGAGUGCCUGCUGGUCGAGGCCUAGUAUUCACAGCCCAGAUACAGCCAGAGCAAGUAUUGCUGACGCUGCCGUUGCACUCGCUCAUCAACGUAAAGACCUACAAGACGUUCUUCCAUCCGGACACGCUUCCCACGCGAGUCAGAGUGGCUUCGACCGACAACGGAAACAGCGUCGAUCGCAGCGACCACAGGCUCUCAUCGGCGCAGCUGUUGUCGCUGCUCCUGACCAGAGCUCGCGUGGAGCUCAAUUCGGGACGCAAGAGGACGAAAUCCGACCAGACGAGCAAACAUGAGGCCUUGCAGCUGUUUGUACAGACGCUGCCGCAGAGGUUUGGCACAGUGCCUCUAACCUGGUCGAUGCUGGCUCGGUCAAAGUCAAAGUCGUGGAAGCAGUCCUUCUUUGAAACACUCUUGCAAGCGCUGCCCCCGCACAGCCGAGACUUGAACAAGAAGGUUCGACAGCGGUUCGAGACGGACUGGGACAGAAUCUCUACCCUUCGUGCUUCGGAACGCGACCUGCUUGCCGAGCCAGCCUUGCUAUUGUCCGAUCCGGAUCUAGCUGGCAGCACGAUUGACUUGAUUGACGUCGACACUUUCCUCUGGGCAUGGCUUUGCGUCAACUCUCGCUGCUUGUUCUUGCCGCUGGGCUUGGCAGAUCAUGCCGACAAUUUCACGCUCGCGCCUUUGCUCGAUAUGGCGAAUCAUACCUCGGAUCCGGCACUCGAAUGCAAGGUGGUGCAUGCACCGGACGGCGGAUUCAGGCUGCUGGCUCCUAGCAAAGAAGUGGCGCAGAAAGUUCGUUCUGGCGACGACUGCCAUGUAGCCAAGGCCGGCGACGAAUGCUUCAUUACGUACGGUCCACAUUCGAACGAGACCUUGCUGUCGGAAUACGGUUUUGUGCUUCCAGCACAGCUGACGUUUGCUGAGGAUGUCGGCACCGAAGCGGCAACCUCGGAAUUAAAUGUAUGCUGGCGAGGCAGCCGAUACGUCGAUGUUCUGAUGGACCAGCACGUCGAACGCCUCCUUCGAGCUCAAGGCGCUGAUGGAGAGACAAAGAUCGAGCUGCUCCAGAACCGGGGCUACUGGGGGGAGUUCACGAUACAUCCCUACCCUGAACCUGCGCAUCCUUCUCAUCGACUCAUACCGGCACUACGUCUGGCAGCAGUAGAUCUGCAACCACCGUUCUCGGCGGCGCAGCAAUCAAAAGUAGCCAGAACCAAGACCAAACCAGGCGUCAAAGCUGGUAAAAAGGCGACAUUCACACCGCACGACGCCUAUGGCGGUGGAGAUGAGUCUUCUGACUUCAACAAGUGGGAAGCGACGCUGACGGGAUUCCGCGAGUAUGUAUCGGAGGAUAAUGAGCGCAAGGCACGUCAAAUCUUGAUGGACCUGUGCAACGACAGAGCGAAGGACAACGCGGCGGCGCUCCGACAUCUCGAGGCCGCUCAAAGCAUGCUAGCCGAGCACAAUGAUGACCUCGAUCUCGCAACGGAAGGCAUCGGAUGCGAACCAGACUUCGAGGCAUGCAAGCUCAGCAUGGCUUUCGUGCAACAGCUGCUGGACGAAGAGCAGAGCGUUCUUGAAUUGGUCCGUCAGGCCGCAGAGGAUCAAGUCGAGUGGUGA